GACGUAGGGGCGGUGCCUUCAGACAAGCAUAGACGAGUGUGGGAAGUAAAUUUUGCAGCGAGUGGCCAAAUAGCCAAGUUUUGUUGCGGCAGCUGCCGUAUGCGAGUGAGCUGAUCCUGACGGGCUGAGUAGUAGCAGGGCUUUCUGUGAAUGGGGGCCCGCCUCAUGUUGCUAUGGGAUCCCCGGGUUACGUUCCACUGAUUCUCGCGCUGAGCGCCUCCUGCUUCCAAGCGGACACCCAGAUCCCCCUGGUCAUCGCCACCUGGCCUGACCAAGUGGCUGCGGUGGAAGCAUGGAGCAGCCUUCAGUCUGGAAGUUGUGCAUUGGAUGCAGUGGAGAAAGGUUUGCAUCAGUGUGAAAUUUACCAAUGUCGAGGCACUGUGGGAUACGGAGGAAACCCAGAUGAACAUGGGGAAACAACAUUGGAUGCCAUGAUCAUGAAUGGUGACACAAUGGAGGUUGGAGGAGUUGGGCAACUUCGAAGAAUUAAAAGUGCGAUUCGUGUUGCUCGAGCAGUGAUGGAUCACACCAGUCAUUCGCUGUUGGUGGGGGAGUCAGCUUCAGAAUUUGCUCAGAAUAUGGGUUUCUUAAGUGAAGAUCUAACAACAAAUAUAUCACUGUCCAUGCAUACAAAAUGGCUGAACCAAAGAUGCCAGCCCAAUUUCCAGAAGAAUGUUCUACCAAAUCCUGAAACUUCAUGUGGGCCAUACAAACCAAUAAUGGGGCCACUGUCAAAAAACCAUGGAAUACCAGCACAGAUUGCCGAUGUUCAUAACCAUGACACCAUUGGAAUGGUUGUGAUUGACAAGACUGGAAGUAUAGCUGCUGGGACAUCUACCAAUGGUCUAACACAUAAAAUCCCAGGCCGUGUGGGAGAUUCACCGAUAGCUGGGGCAGGUGCUUAUGCCGAUAGCACAGCUGGAGCUGCAGCUGCUACUGGAAAUGGAGAUGUUAUGAUGCGGUUUGUUCCAAGUUACCAAGCAGUGGAGUAUAUGCGAAUGGGAAUUGAACCAGCCAAAGCUUGCCAGAAGGUUAUUAAAAGAAUCCAAAAAUAUCACCCACAGUUUUUCGGCGCCCUUAUCUGUGCUAACAGAACUGGGGGUUAUGGCGUUGCAUGCAGUAAAACUCCGAAACUUAACCAGUUUCACUUCAUGGUCUACAAUCCAAUGAAGGCUUCGGAAGAAAUAGUGGACUGUAUUUAAAGCUGUUGUGAUGCAAUGUUUUCAGAGCCUUUAAGGCUGCUUACUCUUGAUUGUGAAUCACGUUCAACUAGAGAUAAAGUUAGUACAGAAUAGUGUUGAUAAUACAUUCUGGAAUUGUGCAGAAUGGUGUUGAUAAUGGAAAUUAAAUUUCUAGCAAUCAUAUUUGAAAUAUGACAAAGAUAGUGGGUUACAUUCAUGCCACACAAUGGCUGUCUCCAACAAGGAAGAAUCUAACCAUUUCUCCUUGAUGGUCUCCUUGGCAUUGUGGUCAUGGAAUCCUGGAGAUUACCAUUGAUCAGAAACUGAACUAGACCAGCCAUGCAUAGGAAAGGUUUGGAGGGAUAUGGGCCAGGAGCAGGCAGGUGAGACUAGUUUAGUAUGAGUUUGUUUGGCAUGGACUGGUUGGACCAAAUCAUCUGUUUCCGUGCUCUAUGACUCUAUGAAUGUGAGAUUGGUUUAGAUGAACAUGAAAUGACUUUAUCCCAGGGUGGAAAUGCCAUAUACUAGAGGCCAUAGUUUUAAGGUGAGAUGGGAAAAGUUUGAAUGAGAUGUGAGAGGCAGGUUUUCUUGCACAGAGGAUGUUAGGUUCCUGAAACAAUUUAAUUACAGUUUAACAGCAGCCUCUACAAGGCUCAAAGGUAAGGACACCAUCAGAGCACACAAGAGCCCUCAGGGAUAUCAUUGUGUUAAGCAGCUUUAUUUCAAAAGCCAGCCCUGGGAUGACUCUGCAGAGAUGCUGCAGAACUGAACAUUGAGUUGAUAGAAGUUGUAACGUUUAAACAGUUGUUUUGCAGCUGUAACAUUUCAUAAUUGGUACUAUGUUAAUUUUCCAUUUGACUCAUGGCCUAUCAUCUGUUUUCCAUUAUUACACUAUUUAAAUUGCUCUUCAUUUCUCAAAUGAAUGUUUACUUCAGGACUCUGCCAGAAGAGUCCCAACAUCUGUGUAAAGAGGCAUGUGUUCAAAUCCCCCAUGUUCCAGUGCAGGUUGAUUCUUUUAAGAAAACCUGUUACUUUUUCCUUACACUGUAAUCUCAGGUCUUACUAUUGAUAAAUGAUCAAAAUCAAUGAGAUGGAAUAAAGAAUUUUAAAAUCA